UUAGGGAGGUAGAAGAGCUGAAGAGUGCUGGGCAUGACCCCAUGGCAUCAUCAAAGGCUUAUGGCUCAAGGCUCUAAUUAUAUAAUCAUAAGCAUUCUUCCAUUAAUUCUUCCAAAUGUCUACUUGUGAGCUUCAUGUUUUUCUACUUAGAUUAGUUUUAUUUCUUUACUUGCAGCGCAACUCAUCAAUGUUUAUGUUCUAAGGCAAAAAAAGAAUCUCGGAUGUUACUCCGUAUUAUUGGUCUUCAUUCUUUAUAGUUUGCAGCUAGUUCAUUACAAGUUUCAAGUUUGUGCCGCUGAUUAAUACUACAUCGGUCUCAUUUUAUAUGCAGAUAUUUAGAGUCAAAGUUCAACUUAGAAGACCGUGAAAAGUCAAAAUGGGAAGAUCUUUGUGUUACGGAGGUAGUAAGAAAAAUGUGUUACCAUGAAGGAAAACUGUGUUCUUGAAUUAUCCAUGCGCGGAUGCGCCUGCAUAAUUGACCACUAUCAAAGUCAGAUGCGCGUAAAUGCAUGCUUGCUGGUCGUGGUCCAUUAGCAUUCAUAUAUCUAUUGAACAAGAUGGUAAUUCAUGACUGUGAAGCCAUCUUUCCAGAAGAACUUGAUCAAAGAUCUUAAAGAGGAAAGAAGGAGAAGAAGAAAACAAGAAAAAGGAGUUGGCCGGAAAUGUCAAACUCCGAUCACCAGAGCUACCCAUACCACCACAACUCCGACACGGAACCCGUCGGAGCUGAUAGGAAACUGUUCAGCGGUCCACUGAAUCAAAGGGCCGGGAAAAGGAGCGUCCGGCUCAACCUCCCCGGCGAAUCUGGCUCGUCGGAGUCAGGGAUCCCGUCGGCCAAGCCCUCAGAUGAGGACUCCUACGUAGAGAUCACCCUCGACGUCCGGGAGGACUCCGUCGCGGUCCACAGCGUGAAGACAGCCGCCGGCGCCGACAUGGAGGACCCGGAGCUUGCCCUGCUGGCAAGGGGCCUGGAGAAGAAGACCAACUUGGGUUCCUCCGUCGUGAGAAACGCUUCGUCCCGAAUCCGGCAGGUGUCGCAAGAGCUCAAGCGCUUAGCUUCACUGACGACGCGGACCCAUCACGGCGCCGGCAGGUUUGACCGGAAUAAGUCCGCCGCCGCUCAGGCUCUGAAAGGGCUCAAGUUUAUCAGCAAGACCGACGGGGCCUCCGGCUGGGCCGCCGUCGAGAAGCGGUUCGACCAGCUCACUGCCUCCACCAGUGGGUUGCUCCCCCGGGCAAAGUUUGGUGAAUGCAUAGGUAUGAACAAGGAGUCGAAGGAAUUUGCCGACGAGCUAUUCGCUGCUCUAGCUAGGAGGAGAAACAUUAACUUUGAUUCCAUCAACAAGACACAGCUCCAAGAAUUCUGGGACCAAAUCUCAGAUCAGAGUUUCGACACCCGCCUUCAGACCUUCUUUGAUAUGGUUGACAAAGAUGCAGAUGGGGCAAUCACUGAAGAAGAAGUCAGAGAGAUCAUAAGCCUAAGUGCUUCUGCAAACAAGCUGUCAAAUAUCCAAAAACAAGCUGAUGAAUAUGCUGCCAUGAUUAUGGAGGAACUAGAUCCUAGCAACCUAGGAUACAUCAAGAUUGAGAAUUUGGAGAUGCUGCUAUUACAAGCUCCAAGCCAGACAGUGAGGGGGCAUGACAGCCGUAAUUUGAGCCAAAUGCUGAGCCAAAAACUGAAGCCGACGGUGGAGCCGAACCCUCUGAUCCGAUGGUACAGAGAUUUCAAGUACUUCAUGUUGGACAAUUGGCAGAGAGGUUGGGUGCUUCUACUGUGGAUUGGAGCUAUGGCUGGGCUGUUUGUUUGGAAAUACAUUCAGUACAAGAACAAAGCUGCUUAUGAUGUUAUGGGUGCCUGUGUUUGUAUGGCUAAAGGUGCUGCAGAAACACUUAAGCUGAACAUGGCUAUCAUUCUUUUACCUGUCUGUAGAAACACCAUUACCUGGCUGAGAAACAAGACCAAGUUAGGCAAGGCAGUCCCUUUUGAUGACAACCUCAACUUUCAUAAAGUGAUAGCAGUGGCUGUGGUGAUUGGGGUAGGAAUACACGCAAUAGCUCACUUGACGUGUGACUUCCCUAGGCUUCUGCACGCGAGCCGGGAGAAGUACGCUCCAAUGGAGCAGUUUUUUGGACAUCAGCCACAAAACUACUGGUGGUUUGUGAAGGGAGUGGAAGGGGUAACAGGGAUUAUUAUAGUGGUCUUGAUGGCUAUAGCUUUCACCUUGGCUACUCCAUGGUUUAGAAGGAACAGAGUGACCUUGCCAAAACCCUUUAACAAGAUUACUGGUUUCAAUGCCUUCUGGUAUUCCCACCACCUCUUUGUUAUUGUCUAUGCUCUCCUCAUUGUACAUGGUGUCAAGCUCUAUUUGACACAUAAGUGGUACAUGAAAACGACAUGGAUGUACUUGGCUAUUCCUGUGGUAAUUUAUGCUUGUGAAAGAUUGCUUAGGGCAUUCAGGUCUAGCAUUAAGCCUGUCAAGAUUCUCAAGGUGGCUGUCUAUCCUGGAAAUGUUUUAGCUCUUCAUAUGUCAAAGCCUCAGGGCUUCAGAUAUAGAAGUGGUCAAUACAUGUUUGUCAACUGUGCUGCAGUUUCUCCUUUUGAAUGGCACCCCUUUUCAAUUACAUCUGCCCCGGGAGAUGACUAUGUUAGUGUCCACAUUAGAACCCUUGGUGAUUGGACGAGACAGCUCAAAACUGUUUUCUCACAGGUAUGCCAGCCACCACCUAAUGGGAAAAGUGGACUCCUAAGAGCUGAUUACCCUCAAGGAGACAACAAUCCCAAUUUCCCGAAGGUGAUGAUUGAUGGACCGUACGGAGCACCAGCACAAGACUACAAGAAAUAUGAUGUGGUUCUGCUAGUAGGUCUAGGAAUAGGAGCAACCCCAAUGAUCAGCAUAGUAAAGGACAUUGUGAAUAACAUGCAGGCAGUGGAGGAAGAAGAGAGUGGGGUGGAGAAUGGGCAUGGAGUUGGCAGCAACAAUGGAGGGAGAAACUUCAAGACAAAAAAGGCGUACUUCUAUUGGGUAACGAGGGAGCAAGGGUCAUUUGACUGGUUCAAAGGGAUCAUGAAUGAAGUGGCUGAGAUGGACCAUAAAGGAGUCAUAGAGAUGCACAACUAUUGCACCAGUGUUUAUGAAGAAGGCGAUGCCCGCUCUGCCCUCAUCACUAUGCUCCAGUCCCUCCACCAUGCCAAGAGUGGCGUCGACAUCGUUUCUGGAACGCAUGUUAAGUCUCAUUUCGCCAAGCCUAACUGGCGCAACGUAUACAAACGUAUUACCCUCAACCACACCAAUGGCAAAGUUGGGGUUUUCUACUGUGGGGCACCAGCACUGACAAAAGAGCUAAGACAGCUAGCCUUGGAUUUUUCUAGAAAGACAUCCACCAAGUUUGAUUUCCACAAAGAAAAUUUUUGACCUAUUAAUUGCUUAAGUUAAGAAUAGAUUGCACAACUACUCCCAAUGUCUACUGUACAGAGGUUCUUGAUUAUUGAAUUCAUCAGUUUUGUAUGAAGUCGGAUUCUGCAAUUAUAUUUCAAAAGUGGCGGCCAUGCGUUGACAGUUAAACUGGCAAUGGAAAUCAUUUGACUUUUGAUGGGAGGACCCUUCAGCACUCAUGGAAGACUAGAAUAUUAGACUUAUCCAUAUGAACUCGACUAGAGCAUGAAGACCAGGGUGACGUCAAUGCAUAUAUCAUAUAUGUAUAUGUAUAUACACAUAUACAUACAUACAUAAAUGUAUGUCUGUAUCUAUGUAUGUACGUAUAUAGAAUUUGGUUCAAAUCACACAUUAUUUCAUCGGUCCUUUAAAAAAAAUUAUUUCAUAGGUGAAAAACUCUCCCUCCAUUGUAUUAUGUUGGAUUUUUUCCUUUUCGUUUGUCUAUUAAAUUUGUCUCAUAUCAUAUUUGGUAACAUUUGUGUGAUUAUAAUUCAUUCAUCCUUUAUUUAUAUUUUACCAAAUUAAUACUAAUUGCAUAACUCUACUUCUCCAGAGAAUUGUAUCACACCUAGGGAUGGACCGGGACCGGGCCGGGCCUAAACAAUACCGGGUCAGGACCGGGACGGGCCUGGGCAAUAAAUUAAAAAGAUAACGCAAUUGGGCCUAGUACUGGUCCAGGCCCGGCCGGGUCGGGCCUAUAAAACGAGCCCGAAGUCCGCCCUUAUAGCCUUCGGGCUGGGCCAGACCUAAACAGUACCGGGACCGGGUCUGGCCCGGGUCGGGCCGACCCGUUCCAUUCCAUCCCUAAUCACACCCUCUUGCAAUUUUAGGGGAAAGAGUAGUAAGAACUAAUACUACACACUAGUAUUAGUCCAGACCUG